AUGAGAUAUCCUAAAUUAUUUUUUUCCUCCUCUUUUCCUUCGAUUAACAAUAAUAGUCAUCAGAAAUACAACAAGAAGACUUGUUGUUUAUGCAGCUGGUCUUAUCGGAAUUUCAGCAGUAAUGAAUUUUCGAAGGCAGGAAAAUUCAAAGAAGUUAACAAUGAAGAUUAUGAUGUGCGAAAAACGCAUUAUAUUCCUGGAAAGUAUCUUCAUUUUAUUAAUAGACCCGUUAGAACCUUGAAAAAAGAAGCUCGACAAGGAAAUAACAAGCCCCCAAAGAGAGUUAGAUCACGUGAGCUAAACUUUAAUUACAGAUUUCCCUCCGACUACUCUUCGAGCCGAGCAAGAGAAGAAAUCGGGAAAAACCAACAAUCUAACGAAUACGAAGGCAAAUUCGCUACUGAAACAUUACCACCAUCAAUAACAGCUAACAAUCUACUUUCGAAAAAGCAACAAAGCAUCUCUAAUCGUGUAUCACGUGCGAUCAAAAAUUGUUUUUAUACCUUACCUCAUAAGUUAUUAGGACCUUCUUACGUGAAAAUCGUAAAUGUUGAAACUUUAACUAGUUUGAGAGAGACGCAAAUCUGGUGGAUACCAAUGUCGGAUAAUAAGUACUCUGAGGCGGAUAUUGAAGAGACAUUACGUUCUCAUCAAACACAAUUACGAGAAGCAAUCAAACGAGAAAUGCGUGUCAAGAAACCCCCUCGACUUAUAUUCCUUAGGGAUGAUUUGGCCAAUAAAAGGAUCAAAAAUAUACUGAAUGAAAUAAUGGAUGAACUAUCAUUAUUAAAAGAUCAACCAUCCACGACUACUUUGGCUGAAAAUGAAGGAUCAGAAUUUAUGCAAUCAAGAACCAUAAAUUUAAAUAUGCCAAAAAAGUAA